UGUUUUCUUCAAGUUCAGAAAUGACUUUCAAAUUGAUCGCAUUAGUGACCGAGUUGGAUGAUUUCCAUAGGAUUUUUAUUCAUGUAUUUGAUUCUUGUUGCUCAACGAUGCGUUAAGAGACAAGCCAGUGAUAACUAGUCUCUGUUUAGCGAGUAAAAGACCUAAACAGAGCAGUUGAUCACCCUAGGGACAUACCUAACAAUUAAUCAACAAUUAUGAUUUGGAAGCCCACAAAAUACUCUUGUUUUUCAAUGUGCUGGUUAAGUUUGACUGCUUGGGUGGUUUCGCGGCGAUGUGAGCCUAAAAACUCGAACCAAGUCAACGGAAAACUUUGAUUUUGAAGAAGACACUUACAUGUGAUAGCUAAACUUCUAACCUAUGUGUCAAUCUUGGAGAAUUUUGAGAGUCAUUUAGAACUUAUAAACAAAUUGAAAUCACUAAAUUUGGCCAAGGAACAAGAGAGAAGAUAAUGGAGUUGGAAGAAACAAGACAACAGCUGAUGCUCGUCGACAAUACAGCCGAUGUUUCGAGUUCUUCGAGAAACUCUACCCAAAGUGAAGGCUUCACUUCGAAAAACUUUUCAUUUCUGGAGUCGUUAAGAUCGAUCCGAGGUCAGAAAGGUGAUGACAGCGACCCUGAUUUGGAAUUUCUCGAACCAUCCGACAGAAACAAAAGGUAUUAUAAUUACUGUCCCUACGCCAAUUCAACGCAGUUGGAUUCCCGAGCUGAACUUGGUUCUGGUUGCAGUGAGAUUGUUUACAGCUUCAACACGACUCCACUGCCAAUUUUAUCGUCCAGAGAGUUUUCAAACGCCUUAGAACAAGCAUGUCAAGAAGACUUUCUAAACUACAUUCCUGAGAUCACUGAGAGUCCUUCGAAGAAACGUCUUUUAUUGAAUAAUAAUAAUAAUAAAACUCACUUGAAAUCUUCAGAGUCGUCAACAGAGAAUGACAAUCAUUCUUGUCAUUCUCAGACGAGACGAAAAAUCGUCAAUGGUUUGGAACAGUACCCUCAGAAACCAAUACCUUAUAGCUUUACGAAUAGUGAGAGAGAUAGUGGUGGUAUUCGGUCUCAAAACGCACCAAAGUUGUACCAAAAUUUUGAAGGUGUUAGAUUCAAUGGCCCUGACAGAUUUUCCAAACACUGCCCAGGUGGUAUAAAAUAUAAUUAUUCAAGUGUAAACUCGGAAAAGAAUCUCAAAGGAGAGUUUGGUUUGAGUAAUGGGGAUUCUAAGACCUGCGGUAACCAGUAUCCAUACAGACAUGAAGUGGAAUUAACUGUGAAGCCAGAAAAUGUCUGGCCUAGGAAAGACUCUGAUGUUGUGUCUACUGUAAAAGUAAGGGUUGAUAUUAUGCAGACUUGUAAUGCUGGUGUUACAACAGAUAUGCCUGUACCACCAGAAGUAACUCAGUGCUUUAUCGAGACGUCGAGUACUCACCGAAUGACCAGGAAUGACAGCCAAGAUACUUUCACUCGGAAUGUCCUAAAGGGAUAUAACCAGGGUAAAAAUGAGUUAACAACUUGUAAGAAACMGUUUGAAGAUUCAACAAUAUCAUGCAAAGUUGAAGCUGAAUUUCCUGGCCCACAUCAMCAUGACCAGGCAGAGAACAAACAAGUAAGCAAAAUGUAUGACAAUUCUUCGCCACCGAAAUCUCAUGUUUCUUAUGUCGAUCUUAAGUCUGGUUCAUCAGAGCAGACUAAUGCUUUGGGCAAUCCAACUGAAGGCUUAAAAUGUUCAACUCUGAAUCAUGGAUCUUUAAUUCCUUUGUCACAUUUGGGUGUUGUGGAUCAAACAACAUUUUCUAACACUGAACAGACAGAUUUUGGCUCAAAAUUAUYGAAUAAGGAUGAUUUUGCUCCUGGUAUUACCAACGAGCUUAAAAGUAAUCCUCAAAACUGCAUUGUCAAGCAGGAAGCUGCAGUAAAAAAGGCAAAAACUCUGAACAAUAAGACAAACACUAAGGAGAAAUAUGGAAAGGAAAGUACAAGGAAGGGUACUGCUGCAAGUAAGCUUGUUCCUAUCCUUCCAAGACAAAAUCCAGAAAAUAUAUUUUUCAAUGGACAGUUGAUGUCAUUCCAGAACAGUUUUGCAGCCAGUAAUGGAAAUAAACCAGUGAUGAAUCAGAAGGAUGUUUUUCGCAAGAGGAAGAGUGUUCCUAACAAGAACGUUUCUGGCAAUGAAGCAGCUCUUGUUCAUUCUAAAAAACCCUGUCCCUUGCAGUCAAUCCCAACAACAUAUCCUAUACAGUACCCUAUCGAUGCUACCAACCAAUCCCAGCCCUACGUGAGUACAAUGCAGCAUCAACCAGAUAUGUUACCAUUACAUAUUGUACAGCAAGGUAAUGCAGUACAAAGGGUGAUGUCACCUCAGAUGCCUACAUCGCCAAUACAGAAUCUAUCGGAUCUGGUCUCCAAGCUUAUCCCAGAUGUGAAUAAUAUUUCUGAACAGCAGAAUAAUAAACAACUAAUGGGCUUUGUUGGUCCAUGCGCAACUGUAGGCAUUCCAUUCAACAAAGACAUGUUACGGCGCAAGAGCCAGUGUGCAUGUCCAAACUGUGUUGCAGGUGUUAAUAGUAAUCCCAGUCCAAUGCAGCCAAAAUACCAUAAUUGUCACUAUAUUGGUUGUGGAAAGGUGUAUGGCAAGACCUCUCACCUAAAGGCUCAUUUAAGAUGGCACAGAGGGGAACGACCCUUUGUCUGUAGUUGGAGCGUCGAUGGRAUGCAUUGCGGAAAAAGCUUCACUCGUUCGGACGAACUACAAAGACACCUACGAACUCAUACGAAAGAGAAAGCUCAUCGGUGYAAUAUCUGUAACAAGGCUUUUGGGCGCAGCGACCAUCUGACCAAACACUUGAGAAUACACAAAGCAAAAGACGYAGACAGCAGCGGGGAGAAGAACGAAUCGCAACCUGGCAAUAAUAAAGAUACGACGACGCACGAUCAUUCUACGACAAGAGGCCCUGAGAAUGAGUCGUGAAUCGAAGCCGGAGAUAUUGAAGUAAAACUUUAUUUACGACACUAGUGCAAAAAAUAAUGGUACGCUUAAAAAGAAUUUCAUUGGGAUAUAACAGUGCUGCGCCCCCUUAAUUUUUGCAGCACCGACGUCAUCGUCGACGUCAUCCAACAUCAUUCAAACUAUUUUGUAUAUAGAUAGAUAUAUAACAAACAUGUGUUUUACUAGCCACUGAAGCACAUGCGACCGUAAGCUUAAGUAUUGACGGUUUUCACAGCCACCAUGUUGGAUGAAUUUAACAAAAAAUGUGCUAUUAGUCUCUCUUGUUAUAUCAUCCAACAUGGCCGCCGUGUYUUUUGCUAUUUCAUUCUCUUGGGAAAGAUUAAAAACCAGCAAUUCCGCCCUUUUGGAGAAAUUCUGAUGCAAACGUAAACUGAAGGUACUUGUCACCGAUGUGAUGAUAAUGGCGAUCUUUCAAGAGAGUUUUGAGAAAUUUGAAAUUCAGUCUGUAAAAUAUUUCGAUGAUUAAGAAUUUAAUACUACUUAACUCAGUGUAAGACCAAUUAGUUCAGUUAAUCAUAACGUCGACAAUUUCCAAAAUUGGAAUCUCUGGUCCAAUCAAAAGGAUCCUUCAAUCAAAUCUGUAUACUUUCUAUUUUGACUGUAUAAAAGCUAACAAUAGUAUUUCUCCCAYCCCUCCCCUAUCAAAAAUUGACCUCCCCACCCCUCCCUCCGAACACGACUCGAGACAUCUGUCCUCAUUGGCAACAGUUACUCAUUAAUAGCUCUUGAAAAGAGUAAGAUUUAUUUUUUUAUAGCAACUACAGAUAAUGUUGUAGGAACAUGUUCUGCUGGACUUAGAUAUUGCUUUUUUUCGCUCUUGCGAUGCAAGAAAAACACGUAGUUUUCUUGUACUUUUGCCAAGGCUCUUUCGCACGGGCGAAUUUUGUUGUAAAAAUGCUUAAACUGCGAUGAAAGUUCCAUCAAAAGUCUCCUGCACGAACGGGUCUUAAAAGCUCAUUACCAAUUCACCAUUUGUAGCUAGGGCGUGAUGUUUUCCCAUUUCAGACCACGUGUCAUUUUCUUGAAAAAAGAUUGUUUGUUUGAGUUGUAUUCGUAUUCAUAUAUCUUUUUAUACGUAACCGUUAGACAAAAAAAAAGAUGCUACAGGUAAUAACAGCUGGUCUAAAACGGGUAAACUUUACGCCCAAGGUAAAAACGAUCAUCCAUGUGGCUUUCCUUCACAGCAUACAGCAUUCAGGGAUCAUUCGCUACACUGUAUUUUGAUAUCUGUGUCUUUGAUAAUGUUCGAUAAUAUUUAAUAAAAUAUUUAAAUAAAUAAUACAUAUUUAUCA